AUGCAUUGUUCCAGCGACUGGUCCGCCCGGUCGCGGCUCAUUUUGUAUUCGCUCGGUGCUCCGACGCCCCGUUUAUGGCCACCGAAUGUGAGUGCGCCGUUCGUGGGUUUCGCCGUGUGGGUCCGUUUUCGUACCGCGAGCGUACGGAGCGCGUCGCGAUUGUUUAUUUAUCCGCGCGAACGGAAUGCAACGCGAGAUGUCGACGCCUCCCAACCGUCACUCACCGUGGCCGUCAUGGUGGGCGCGUGGCCGCCGUGUGGCCGCGACCUGCCGCCACCCAGGCGGAAGCUUCUGUUCAGCGUCGACAGGAACCCGGCGCGGUGCCACUUGCUCGGCUCUAGUCGCACUUCCAUCGCUCCGUUUACAUCGCACUGGCCCUCGACCGCGUCUUCGCUCCCCCAACAAAGCUCGCGCCCAUUCGUCGCGAGACCAAACUUGCCGCGCGCUUCGUGUAGUCCGCGCGACCCGCGCCGCCUACCGUACGCGCCGUACUUCGGCCUCGCCCAUUCACUACGCUACGCUGACGGCGCCUCUCCCUCGACUCGCUCACUUUCGUUUUCACAAUCGAUUCGCGGCCGUCACGAGAGCGCUGGA